GUCGCGCCGGUCGGUUGCUUUGGCUGGCUCCGGUCUAGUCUAGUCUGGUUGUUCCGAUAGGGAUUUCGGAUUGCGGUGCCGGAUAACCGUGAUAGCGAGUCCUUCCGGUUUCUUUCCUUUCUCGAUUUUUUUUUACUCGGGCCGCUAGUCGCGAUACGUGGAAAUUUCGAUUCGUCAUUGGCACGGCGACACGUCUUGCAUGCUUCCUUCGACAUACGUGUUUUGGGUUUUGUGAUGGGAUUUUAACGGCGCUGCUGCUGCUGGUUUCUGCUGUGUUUCAUUUUGUGAAUCGGUGAAGAUAAGUCGAGGAAAGUCGAGGCCUGAUAUGGCCAAGAUACGACCUUUAGGGAGAUGGAUGCUCCCUCUGGGUGUAAUUGAAGAGUAAUCCGAUAGAAGCCUCUUAUCAUUGUGCUGCGGUGUGGAUGGCAGAGAUCCCUUCGUUCAUUCGUUUCCUGUUUUGGGCCCAGUAGGCAGUGGAUUAACGAUGAGGAGCCGGAUGAAAUUAAGGGGUUCGAAUGCUGAUGACAGCCACUGCCGACAUCCUGGGAAGCAGCUUCCGGAAGCAACUGGUGAUCUAUCUUCAGCUGGCAUGGUGGAUUAGGCAGUGCGGUGAAAAAUUGUGCACAACACGAGUUUGAAAUUGUUUGGUCGACUUCAAGCCAAAAUAGCUUCCAGGAUGUCAUUCGAUUGGAGAUCCAAGUUAGUUUACCGAUGUGGAGCUGUUACUGCAGUGUUGUAAAAUGUAAUAUUUACUGCCGAUGACCGACCUGUGUCUAGUCUGUGAGUGAGUGAGUGAGCGAACGCACUUUUUCUUUUGGUCCUGGAAAAACGUGACAGGGACCAGUGGUUAUUGUUAGUGAAAAGUUUGAACCGACGAUUACAACUGAGGAAGAUAGAUUCUGCAUUACUGUUUCGGCGCGCUAUGAUAUUGAUUUAAUAAUCGAAAAUUGUAUUUACGUCUUGGUGCCAAUAGUUGUUCAGUGUGAAUAGAAAUAUUUGUGCAAUUUAACUACUGCAUUCAGUAUUCUAGUGUGGUGAAGAAGUUGAAUUUAAAGUUGUGAUAUGGAAAAGAUAAAACUGUUAACGUAGCUGAAAUUAUCAGCUUCCAACUUCCGUUGCUCAACAUAUUAUGCGUUGAGAGAAAACAUCAUCUUGCAGCAGCUGCAUCUGGGAUUUGCGUCUACUGAGUGGCUUAAAUUUUUUUACCCCCAGCAAAGCCAACCUAAUCCUUGAUGGCUUAAAACUUGAAUCCUUUGUAAGUAGAGAAGAGAAGAAAAAACAAGCUCAAACCGAAAGAAUGAAAGAAAAGUGUGAAGGUGUAUCAAACUUAUAAAUCAUCCUGCAGGUACCCAGAAAGUCCACUUUAGUGGAGGAAGUGCGGUGAAACAAAUAAAAAAGUGUCGAGAAAAAAACACCAACCACCUUGUUUGUGAAACGAGAGUCCAUCGUCUGGUGUGGUGCUAAUUCGUAGAUAAAUCUAUUCCAUUUUUUUCUCUUUUACCCCCUCGUGUAACUGAUCCUGCAACAUACCUUCAAAAGGUCUAGGUCGGAAGGUUCAUGAAAAUGAAAAAUCUCCCGGUGCCAAAUGAGGGCUGCUGGCAUAAGUGUGUUUGUUCUGGGUUUAAGUUUGUUACGGCUGAGGGCAAUCUCGGUGAGAAAAUCCGCUUACCGCAACUAAAAAUUUGCAACCAUUCCAUCAGGGGUGGCUCCAUAGAGCUGUAAGCGGGCGGACGCACAAAUUGCCGGCGAAAAAGGAUAUCAUCUUACUUAAAUACACCUGUCUCGACAGCACUGCAGUCGGCUGGCUUGUUUGUCCUUUUGGAUAGUGGUCGGAGCUGAUAAUCUUCCGGAACAAAACAGUCGUAAAAGUUAGAUAAUAAUGGAACCCACUUCAGCUGCCAGCCUCUUCGUUCCGACAUUUUCACCUGUCCUCGGGAACAACUCGUCAACAACAACGACGGGGACGACGACGACGGUGCUGGCCACUUCUCUCCUGACAGCCCUUCUGUCGACGCUUUCGACCGUUGGCCCUCCGGGGUCCUACCCUGAACCCGGAUCAACGACGACGUCGAUGGAUGCCGUCAAUUUCAGUAGUAGCAGCAACACUUUCGGUGAUUACGACCAAUAUGGUGGCACCGAAUUGGAACUUCCGACAGCAGAGCCCUACCGGUGUGAUCCGACGUUUAUGGACAGUUUUAACUGCACCGUCAAGGAGUAUCUGGAGUAUGCCCGAGGUCCGCAGCAAUUGCCCCUCACGAUGGCGCUUAUGGUCACGAUUCUGUUUGUGGGAAUCCUUGUUACCGGAGUCAUCGGAAAUCUAAUCGUGUGUGUUGUCAUCAUCCGGCAUCCUUCUAUGCAUACAGCCACCAACUAUUAUCUGUUCAGUUUGGCCGUAUCGGAUCUGUUUCUACUACUUCUAGGUCUCCCGUACGAGAUCAGCCUCUUUUGGCACCAGUACCCGUACAACCUUGGCCUGGCGUUCUGCAAAAUGCGGGCCCUCAUGUCCGAGGCGUCCACCUACGUGUCGGUGCUAACGAUAGUGGCAUUCUCGAUGGAGCGCUUUCUGGCCAUCUGCCAUCCGCUGCACCUGUACACGAUGUCCGGACUGCAGAGGCCUGUUCGAAUCAUCGCCGGUCUGUGGCUUGUCAGUCUGUUCAGUGCAGUGCCUUUUGCCGUCUUCACCGACAUCGACUACCUCCUGUAUCCACCAACCGAGGAGAAAAUCCUGGACUCGGCGUUCUGUGCGAUGCUCAGCAAUCCGGAAGGUUUUCCCUUGUGGGAGCUGUCCACUUGUCUGUUCUUCGCGGUGCCAAUGGUCGUCAUGGUGGUCCUCUACGGGCGGAUGGGCAUGCAGAUCCGAUCCCGGACGCAGCGGACGGCGGAACUGGGCGUCCGGAACGGAUCCGUUAAUGGGCCCUCGCGGAUUUCUCAAUCUCGAAAAGCCAUCAUCCGGAUGUUGGCUGCCGUUGUGAUAACUUUCUUCGUGUGCUGGGCACCCUUCCAUGCCCAGCGUUUGCUGUACUUGUAUGCACGUGACUGGCAGCACUUCAACACGGUCAACACGUGGCUGUUUUCGGUCGCCGGCUGGCUCUACUACGUGUCCUGCACCAUCAACCCGAUCCUGUACAACGUGAUGUCCCACCGCUAUCGGGUCGCAUUUCGGGAGACGCUCUGCGGUCGAAAGCGCGGAUUCGGAGCCGGAUUCGCCCGAGAUCAAUCGAGCUUCCGGGAAACUACCAUUGACAUCAAUGCCGGAUGCGAGAACUCGAAACUGCUCCGGGCCCGGUCGAUGAUGCAAUCCAAGCGAACCCGAUUCAAAGGCAGCGGAAACAGCGUCCGUUACAACGAUAACUGCAUCCGGAGAAAUUCGUUACAGAUCGGUGGCAACCUUCGGACUCCUUCGCCUGCCGGCAGCACCCAUCAUCGGGACCUGCAACAGCCUUCGUCCUUCAUCGAAUCGUCUCCACCAGCCGCAUCGUCGGUUCGGCAAACGGCCACGACGACCAAUGGCGGAUCCGACCUGGUGGUCAUGCUGGAAAACAACAACCGACCACGUUGUUAUACGACCAGCUCCUGCUCCCCCUCGAUGUUGAUUCCGAGUGACGACCCCACGACGAUUCCAUCGGUUGGGGCCAAUUUGAUGUGCUCCAACACCAUUGUUGUGGCAUCGGAUUCGGACGAAACCGACGUAAGCUUGCAGGUGCCAUUACCGCAGCAUACGAUAUCGUUUGUCAACAACGAAGACGAAGACGACGACGACAAUUGCCGAGCUUCCGAUCCGGAACGAGCCGGUGCUAAUUGUAGUAGUAAUAACAAUGUAAAUAACUGCACCGGCAAUCACACCCGGAACGGAAAUACCACCGGCAUCGAUGACCAACCCACCAGAUUGAAAGGAAUAGUGGCGGUGACGGUCAGAGAAAAUGGAAACCAUCGCCGCCACUCCAUCUCCUCCAGUCUGUCGACCGAAUCGUUCGAAAAUGUUCAACUAGUACUACUCCCACCGGACCAGGACAGGACCAGGUCCUCCUUACAUUCCAAAGAAACCAAACCCACCAACAACGGCCAAGUGACACCAAAGGAACGGCGGCAGCGGCAAUCGUCUUGCUCCAGUGCCGGAAGUUCCCCAGAUCUCCCAAUGGAGCAGGAGGAGCAAGAACAAGGACAACAGCAUUAUAAUCACCAUCAUUUCUACGGCAGCCACCAUCAUCAUCAACCGCCGGCAUACUUUCACCAGAUGACGACGACGACAACGAAUCAUCACCAUCUUCAUCAUUACCCGCAGCUAAUUGUAAAUGGUUACGACGAUCCGGAAACAGCGGGAGGAGACAAGUCCGGCGGAGGUGCUGACCUAACCUCCACCACCACCCUUAAGCGGGAAACUUGCAUUUAGGGCGAGUGAAGUUAAGAGAUGUUAAUUUGCUAACGCUGCUAUGCUGUGAUGGAUUAUUAAUUAUUGUGAGACUAAAUACAGAUGAAAAAUCAAAAGAAUAAAAAAAACGGAAAACGGAAGUUUUCGGUUUUGCUGUGUUUGCUCAAGUGAGAUCUCUAAUUUGAGAAUCCUACCCCCUACCCUAUUCCAAAUAGAUCUGAGCGCUAUUAGGAACAGUGCUGCUUCCAUGUGUUGUUUUAGAAGAAGAAGAAAACGGAACGAAAGAAUCUUAGGCAUAAGAAAGUGUAUGUGAGGCUUUGUUGAAAA